AGCUGAGCCUGUCCGCCGGGUGUCUGCAGCUGGAGCGGAAGAGGAGAGAUUUCACCUCUUCUGUGAGUCGGAAGCUCUACCUGGACACCCAUGCCUUAGUGUGCUUACUUGAAGAAAAUGGUAAUCGUUGUCCCUCGUCCCUGGCCACACGGUGUCUUAGAAAAACAAUAGCUACUAUGACUCUUGUGUACCCUACAGUCCAGAUGACCAUAAAUUAUGCUUUAUUUCUCUUUUCUCAGGAGAUCACUCUUCAGCAGAUAAUGUCUCAGAUUGCUAACGUGAAAAAAGACAUGAUUAUUUUGGAGAAGAGCGAGUUUUCAGCCCUCAGAGCGGAGAAUGAGAAAAUAAAACUUGAACUACAUCAGUUAAAACAACAAGUAAUGGAUGAAGUGGUCAAAGUCCGGACAGAUACCAAGUUAGACUUCAACCUAGAAAAGAGCAGAGUGAAAGAGCUGUAUUCAUUGAACGAAAGGAAGCUGCUGGAGAUGAGGACAGAGAUAAUGGCGCUGCACGCCCAGCAGGAUCGAGCCCUCACCCAGACAGACAGGAAGAUAGAAACCGAGGUCGCUGGCCUCAAAACCAUGCUCGAGUCGCACAAGCUUGAUAACAUUAAAUACUUAGCAGGGUCCAUAUUUACGUGCCUAACCGUAGCUCUGGGAUUUUAUCGCCUGUGGAUAUAAUAAAGUGUCUAUUUAAAGGGAUUUCUAUUGUUCUGCCUUAAAAAUA